ACGUAAACGUGACAAUGAAAGUGAAGAGGCAGUGUUUUUGCUCCGAAUCCAGUAAUGAUGUAGAAGACGUCAAUCCAAAUACUGCGUUAGUACAACCUGGUGUAUAUCAUCCAAAAAAUAGUAAAAUCAUGCGUUCCAAGAAUAUACGGAGAAAGUAUUUACGGGCAGUGUUCAAAAGUGGAGAGUUCAAUAUUUAUACAAAAAUGACCAAAAAUUUUAAAAUAUUCUCAAAUUAUUUCUUCCUGCUUGUAGAAACUAGAUGGCGAUGGACAUUGUUAAACUUCUUCGUAGCUUAUACAUGUGUGUGGUUAUUGUUUGGUGUUAUUUAUUGGAUCAUUUCUUACAACCACGACGAUUUUAGUGAAAUCCAUCUACCUCAUAACCAAAAUAUUUCAAGUUUUACACCGUGCAUCAACAAUAUUUAUGGCUUCACAUCAGCUUUUUUAUUCAGCAUCGAAAUUCAUACAACUGUUGCUUAUGGUCGAAGAUCUAUCACAUUGGAAUGCCCAGAAACUAUAAUGGCAAUGUGUCUUCAAUGCAUAUUGAGUUCUAUUUUCCAAGCGAUAAUGAUCGGAAUUUUAUUUGCUAAGUUAACGCGACCAAGAGGGAGAACCCAGACUAUUCUCUUUAGCAAACACGCUGUUAUAAAUAUGAGGAAUGAUAAAUUAUGCCUUACAUUUCGAGUUGGUGACAUAAGAAAAUCUAGAAUUUUAAAUAUUGAACCAAAAGCCUAUGUCAUAAGAUUUAAUGCUGGUGAUAGUGAAGUGGAUAAUUUAGAGCAAACCGAACUCAAAGUGGUAGUAGAUGAAUGUGAAUCUACUUUCUUUUUAUGGCCUUCAACAGCUGUUCAUGUGAUAGACGAAAAAAGCCCUCUAUAUAGGUUGUCAGCGGCUGAUUUGCUUUGUUGCAAGUUAGAAAUACUUGUUGUAUUUGAAGGUAUAAUAGAAUCAACCGGUCAACCUGUGCAGGCUCGAUCGAGCUUCACCGAACAUGAUCUUCUCUGGGGUCAUAGAUUUGUGUCUAUGGUGAGUUUCAACUUUGUUAAAAAAAUGUAUGAUGUUGAUUUUUCCAAGUUAUCUGAAGUACAAGCAGUCGAUACUCCUCUGUGUUCCCCGUGUGAAUACAAUGAACUAUUGGCUUUAUUAGAAGACGAUAAGGCUUUGUCAAAUUUUGACUUUUGGUACAAAUAA